CUAAUACAUACUGAGAAAGCACAAAGGAACAUCAUUUUCUUACACCUCCCUCCUCUCACAAUGCAGCUGCCAGGCCUUAUUGGUUUCAUUUCAGUAUUGAUUCUGGCUUGUAAUUCAAAAGUUGCAGAUAAAGAAUGGAAAAUAAAUGUCAAAAGAAAGAUCACAGCACAACCUGGAUCAACCGUUACCAUACAAUGCAACUUUAGCUAUCCAAAGGAAAAUGACACUAAUAAUGUUGCAGUUUUUUGGAAAAUGUUAUCAGUAAAUGACAAAAGUAACUGCAGUAAAAUGGACAAAGACAAGAAGGCAUUUGUUUUUAACCCAAAUAAUGACUGUGUGCUUGAGGAGUACCGAGGAAAGACUAAGCUCAUCGGAGACCGGAACAAGGGCAACUGUUCUCUCCAGAUCGCCAACAUCCCACAUAGUAUGCAAGACAUCUAUGUGAGAAUUGAUGUGCAGAAAGAUAAAUACAGUUUCAUCAAGGACUCGGUCUCAUUUUCCAUAAAUGGGACAAGGGCAUUUAAGCCAGGUACCGAUUCCUAUACAACUCAAGACCAAUCAACCACUGAAACAACAACAACAAAAGCAAAUGAAAACGACACGAGCCUUGCAACAAUACUGUCUGUAGCCAUCCCUGUAGCAGUUCUUGUGGUGAUCAUUCUUCUUGUUGCUGGGAUAUUUAUUUUUAUAAAAUACAAGAGGUCACGCAGUGUCACCAGGGAGGACUCUGGAUACUAUGCAAACUUUAGCAGAGCACUAUCAAACCCACCCAAAAGAGAAGUCACUUGUGACACACAACCUAAGAAGCUGCCUGAAGGGAAAGCUAUUGAUGAUCCUGUUUACAUCAAUGUCAAGGCUCCAACAAAUCACAUGGCUCCAAACAGCAAUUGUGCAGACAAUAUAUAUGCAAAUGUGGAUUACAGAACUUAGAAGGAAAGCUGCAUGUCAUUAGUGUACGAUGCUUUCUACACAUGUCCAUGUGUAUGUAUUACUAUGUGCCUCUGUACAUUUCAGGCAGGUCUUAAUAUUUUUUAUCUUUUUUGAGAGUGUUCACAUAUGCCCAAAAAAACCCUGACUAGUCGCUGUGGGUUCAACUGAAGGAUGAAAGUGUGAAAACACUCUAAAUGACCAAAAAAAAAAAAAAAAAAAACCCUGCACAGCAUUGCAAAACAAUGAUAAUUCCUUUUUUGCGUACUUGCGAUUGCAGACCUUCAGAUGGUCAGACAAGAAUGUUGUUUCAAAACAUGAAUUUAUGUAAAAAUGAUAUAGCAUAAAAUCAUAAGUGAGAUGUCAGUGUUAGAGAUGGGGAACAGUAGGCACACAGUAACAAUAAUCUUUCUCCAACCCUAGCCAUGUUAGUUUUGUCAGAAAAAGUCUUCUCCUAGCCUUACUUGUGGCAUAUUGUGGAAUUGGAGAAUACAAACCUGUUAGGAUUGGAAAUAAGGAAGGAUUUCAUUUUUUUUUGUAAAAUGCUUUGGGUUUUUUUUUUUUAAGAAAUCUCCCAUUGCAAUGUUAUUGCCCGGUUUGCCUAAUACAGGCAAUAUAUGCUGGUGAGCAUAACAAUACUGUAACCAAUACUGAUGACAGUAACUUUGCCAAAUAGUUUGUAACAAUAAAUAAAAAC